UUAACAACUUCCUUUAAUAUAUUUAUCGUAUUUCUAGAAUUCAAAUGUUUUUCAUUUUUUUCGAAAUUGCUGAGCGGUAGUUGACUUGUCAUGUGAUGUGUGAAUUGAUAAAAACAAUCGCAAACAAAACAUUCGAAAAUUUGAUAACAUCUUAUAAAUUUAAUCAAGUGUUUAAUAAAUGAUAAGAAGAUUUGUCACAAUGACUGAAAGUGUUGAUGUUAAAGCAGGAAUUAAAAAUAUUGUAGAACGUAUUGAAAUUGCCUCGAGAAAGAGACCUGAGAAGUUUAAAAAUCCUGUUCAACUUGUAGCUGUGGGAAAAACAAAACCUGUUGAAGCAUUAAUUGAUGCCUACGAUGCAGGUCAAAGACAUUUCGGUGAGAAUUAUGUGAAGGAGUUGGCAGAGAAAGCGAUCGAUCCAAAGAUUCUUGAGAAUUGUAAAGACAUCAAAUGGCAUUUCAUUGGACAUCUUCAAACAAAUAAAAUUAAUAAAGUUAUAAAAUUACCUGGACUUUAUAUGAUUCAAACAAUUGAUAGUGAAAAAUUGGCUGAAGCUGUGAAUAACGCGUGGGAGAAAAAUCGUCUCGAGAGUGAUGGAAAGCUUAAAGUUCUGAUCCAAGUAAACACAAGUGCAGAAGAUGCUAAAAAUGGAGUUGAUCCUGACAAAGUUCCUGAACUAUUUGAAUUCAUCAAUGAUAAAUGUAAAGCAUUGAAACUCGAAGGUUUGAUGACGAUUGGAGCCUUUGGAUAUGAUUACACAAAGGGACCAAAUCCCGAUUUCACGGCACUCAUGGAAUGUCUGAAUCAUCUGCCAAAUCCCGAAUCUCUUCAAGUCUCCUUUGGAAUGUCUAAUGAUUUUGAAGAAGCUAUUCAAGUUGGAAGUACAAUUGUAAGAGUUGGCAGCUCAAUCUUUGGAUUCCGACCGAAAAAACUUUAAUUUAUUUCAUAAACAUUGACAAUAAAAUGUUAUAUCUAAACUGAAAAAUAAAAUUGUUCAAUUUUUAAUAAUUUUUGUGAAGAGUUUUCAGUAAAA